AUGGUCUCCUCACUUGUCUUCCUCCUUGCUCUUACCUCCUUUGUGGGCGCCUCUCCAAUUGCACCCCGCCAGUCACUCAGCACAACCCGCAACGACAUUGUCGACGGUGCCUGCAAAGAAGUGACCGUCAUCUUUGCACGAGGUACCACCGAGGCAGGAAACGUUGGCUCUCUCGCGGGCCCCCCGUUCUUCAACGCCCUCGUCGCGGAUUUGUCGAACGCCGAGGUCGCAGUCCAGGGUGUUGACUACCCCGCGGAUGUUAUAGGCUUCCUUGCUGGUGGGAGCUCAGCUGGCGCAUCGACUAUGGCAGGGCAUGUCAAGACUAUCAAGUCUAGCUGUCCUACCACGAAGAUUGUUCUUUCCGGUUACAGCCAAGGAGCACAAGUGACCCACAAGGCUGCCGCUCUGCUUUCCACCGCUGAGGCAGCCAUGGUCUCCUCGAUUGUUCUGUUCGGAGACCCAAAUGAGGGCGACGCAUUCCCGGGUACCUUGAACAAUCAUGUGAAGACGUUCUGUAAUGUCGGGGACUUGAUCUGUCUGGGCCAGGCCAUCAUUUUGACGCCGCAUUUGACUUAUAGCUUGAAUGCGGGCGAGGCUGCUGAAUUUGUGGUGAGCAAUCUCUAG